CAUAUCAGUGUUCGCGCUAGGCCGCCCCCUGAAAUAAAAAAAUGUCCCGCUGAAAUUCUCUUAACGCGCCCGUGUGUCCCCCUUCCCAGGCCAGACGCAAUACCAAUACGCAGUAAAUGAAUGCAUUUUGUAUCACCAUGACAUGUCUGACGACAGGCUGAUCUUUUUUUACUUGCUUGUUUACACGUUUUAAAUAAGCCCUGUUGUUUAAAAGUCAUAUAAACAGUUGGUCUGUCUGGGAUAAAAAAAAAAAUACAUAUUUUAAAAAACUAAUAGCCUAGUUUUUAACUCAUUUUAUUUUCUGUGUACGUUCGUGCCUGCAAAUCGAUAUUUAUUUUUUUCAAUGACCCGAUUAAAGUUUAUUGUAACUUAAGUACUACAUUUCAAAAUACAGAAUGUAUGGCCAAUCAGAAACCAAAGUAUUGCCAUGUGGUCUAGUAUUGCCACGCAUUACGUCUGGUGUGAGAGAUAAGAGUUUUUAGCUUUCAAUCCAGUGAAAAAAUAUGGAUUGUUGGCUCAAUACUAGAACAUUACUAGCAAAGGGCGAUCAAGACGAAAUACCGUUAGAGAUUAAAAACUCCAAAAAUGUCUUGAGACUGAAGCUCUCUCCAAUUUCCCUGCCAUCAUCAGUGAGUUGUGUGAUAACAAGCAGGGACAUCCAUCACAUACUAGGUGUGAUGAGAAGAUGACCAGCUAACGCCACUCUACACCCUUAUCCGUGAUGGAUUCCGAAGCACAACAGAAGCGACCAAAGGAGCUGGUCCUGCCAGGCUCCCCCGGGCAAAGACUAGCUGGCAUGGCCAGCGCCAAGCACUACAUGUGUGGAUUUUGUGCUGCCUUCACCAACAUUGCUGUCACUUUCCCCAUCCAGAAGGCCUUGUUCCGCCAGCAGCUCUAUGGAGUGCGGACCCGGGAUGCUGUGCGCCAGCUGCAGCGUGAUGGUCUGCGUAACCUCUAUCGGGGCAUCCUACCGCCGCUCAUGCAGAAAACCACCACCCUGGCUCUGAUGUUUGGCCUCUACGAGGACUUUUCCAGUCUUCUGCUCCGGCACACUAGCGCACCAGAGCUGCUGACCCGCAGCAUGGCAGCUGUGCUGGCGGGGACCACCGAAGCCAUCCUGACUCCUUUCGAAAGGAUCCAGACCCUGCUGCAGGACUACAAGCAUCACAACCGCUUCAACAAUACCUUUCAUGCCUUCCGUGAGCUCCAGCACUACGGCUUCAGGGAGUACUAUCGAGGGCUGGUGCCCAUCCUGCUGAGGAACGGCCCCAGCAACGUGCUCUUCUUUGGCUUGCGAGGUCCAAUCAAAGAGUGCUUGCCACAUGCCAACACAAACAGUGCCCACCUGAUCAACGACUUCAUCUGCGGGGGCCUGCUGGGGGCUAUGCUUGGCUUCCUCUUUUACCCCGUCAAUGUGGUGAAGGCGCGUAUGCAGUCAAAGGUAGGCGGAGACUUCCAGUCCUUCCGCGUUGUUUUCCUUACUAUCUGGAGGGAGCGGGAGGGCAAGGUGACGCACCUCUUCAGGGGCGCUCACCUCAAUUACCACCGCUCCAUCUUGUCAUGGGGCAUCAUUAAUGCCACCUACGAACUCUUGCUGAAGCUGCUCUGAAUAAAAAAUGGGGACUGUCAUUAAACCAGGAUGGAAAAAAGUUUGUGUCUGGGAGCAAUUCAUUUGUGGAGGAAGAAAACUGUUAGUGCUCAGGGUCCAGGGGAUUCAAACCCCACCUGCACACCCAGAUGGAUCUGCUUUCAAGGUUUAGCUGUCCAGUUAGUUGGUUGGCUUCUUGUUUUUAGGACUGGCCAAGUUCAGUGGAAGGAGGUGUUUAACAUGUGUACUGCAAUUUCUGGACAUUUCCUUGACGGGAAUUAUGGGAUUUGUAACAUUUAACAAAGCAGACAGGACAUUUUUUUAUGUCUACAUCACACACCACUGUGAAUAGUUACAGUAGGCUGGGUUUUAACCUGGAUCUUAAUCCACCAUCAUCCUAAAGUCAUGAGUGGCAAAGGAAUAAAAACAGAAAAGUCUACACAUGACCACUUUAAAUUCUUUCAGUAGCAAGAAAGGACACAAAGGGAAACUACAUUUGCAAAUUGCUUUUGAAGGUUGCCAAAUCAAAUUUAAGGUAUGGCCAUAUGUUACUAAAAAUGGACAGUAUAAAUAUUGCGCUCCUCUAUAUUAAGCAUUUUUAUGUCAAGCACACAUUGUUGGGCAGAUUUUCUGCCAGUCAGAUUUAACAUUUUCGAAGACAUUAGAAAAUGUGACCACACUUUUAAAGUAAAUGGCACUUUUUGCGUGUUUAAAGAUUGGGGAAUUUUGUGAACUUCUGAAGGACUGCUUAGAAUGCUAGUCAAGUCGAAGCUGCCAGCAGUGUCAUGCAGAUCUCUGUUUUCUGUAUUAACAGAAUAGGGGCUCAUACCAAGAGUUUAACAGUGUUUGCAAGGCUAACUGAGCCCUAAGAUUAAGGACUAAAUUUCUAAUCCCAGUAGCGGUAAUCUGUGGUUCUUUGGUCAGUGAGUUCUGUUUUGGACUCUUUGUAAACAGCGUCUCAAUCCAAAAGAGAAUACCAACCUGAAAGCCAUGGCUACGAGGUUUAGAGCCUUAAAGCCAGAACACAAAAAGCAGACCAUUCCUGGCUUGAAAAUCUUGUUUUGAAAACCUGUAUUGUGGUGUGUUUUUUUUCUUUGUUUGUUUUAAGAAUAAAAAUUAAAUCGAUAUAAAUACCACCACUGGUUAAACGGAUACAUUAUAAAGGACCAAGGUUAUGAAAAUCUAAAAUAUCCAACAGUGCUUCUGUCGUAAUUUAAAGAUUUUAAACUGUUCAGAGCAAUUGACUAGAUCAUGUUGUAUUGACUUCUCCACCCCUAUAAUGGUACAUUCAAAACCAACAUGCAACAUUUGCUUUACCUUGAGAGUUUACAGUAGUACUAAAGUGUGUGUGUGUGUGUAUGUGUAUAUAUAUGUGUAUAUAUAUAUAUAUAUAUAUAUAUAUAUAUAUAUAUAUAUAUAUAUAUAUAUAUAUAUAUAUAUAUAAAAUAUGUUUUCUGAAAUGUGUGUCUGUUUUUUUAGUACCAUUUGUAAAUUAAAUAUUACAAUUGAGUAAAGAAUGCAUUUUAAAGAACAUGUUUAAAAAUGAUUGGAAGAAUCUGUAAAAAUGGCGCAAAGUUGUUACCUGGACUUUCUUGAUCUUUUAAAUAAUUUCAGCUGUAUUUAAGCAUAAUACUCUUCAGAAGACAAGAUGAUAAUGUGUAAUCUAUCUGCAAGGUGUGCUUGUUUUUGUGCUGUUUUUUGGUGCAGGUCCCUUUUUAUUGUCUACUACAUAAAUUCGAUGUUAAUCAACAGGUGUUAAUAUUGAAAGAGCUUUAUUAUUGAACAAAGUUUAAAACUGAGACAAUUUCACAUUCACAUACAGUUGUAGGCAAAAGUUGACAUACCCCCAAUGGAAAUGUAUAAAUUCUAGAAACAAAGAAUUUUAGGAAAAAUCUUUUGCUUUUGUGGAUGAGGAAAAAGUUACAAGAAAUAGAUGUCUACAGUUAUUAAUUUAAGCUAUUUUUUUUUUUUUGCAAAACUCCAAAAAUGCUAAUUCAAAAGUAUUCAUACCCUUUGAUGCUAUGAUAGUAUUGUCAACAGGAUGUUAGAAAUUUCAAUAUGAUAAUGCAGAACCUAAUUCUAGAGAAGUCUAGAAAAUGGAUUGUAAGUGAACAUUCGUAGAGUAUAAGGGUGAUUCUCACCAACUGGCUGUAAAACCAUGUCCGUGGUGGAUAUCUUUUUAAGAAUGCAUAAUUGUAACAAAAAAAAUAUAAUCAUUGCAAAGGAGAAGGACAAUUCUUUGCUAUUAGUAAACAAAAAUGUAUUGUUUUUCCUCAUUUUUCACAUUUUUAACACUUUUUCCACUUUAAAUCUCAUUACCGUAAUGCGUCCGAAGUUUUUUUUUUUUAUCUUUCUUAAGCAUUUGUUCAUGAAAAAAAUAAGAAAUGUCACUGACAUAAAUAUGUAUCUUGUUCAGAAUUGUUCAUAAUUUACUAUAAUCUUUGGGUUAAAAAAGUACACCUUAAAAUUAUUGAUUUUUUUGGAGAAAAACUACGUGUCCGAAGCAAUUUGUCUCAUUACCGUAACAAUUGUUCAAGUUUCUCCAGAGAAUCCAGGAAGUAUUUAAAUCAAGUUUUAUUUACCCAUGAUGCACCAGCAAGGAGGCAAGCUUCAAGAUGGACACAAGGUGAGAACAUGUGCUCUGUCUUUUUCUUUUAAAUUCAGUUUACCUUGGUAUAUCCUAUGUUUUACAGUUUUGAAUCUUAUUACCGUAAUUUGUAAAAUCUAAGAAAUGAAUUAGAUUUAAGAAAAAAUUAACUGGCCUUAAAAGAGCCUUAAAAAUGCCUGAGAUUUCAAAGUAAAAAUUUCUCAAAGUCAAAGUGGCUGACACAUUUUAUUUACAGAAUUAAGGUAGGCCUUCUCAUUACCAUGUCAGUUAUGAGACCUGUUACAGUAAUGAGAGGUAGAAUUACGGUAAUGGUAACUAUAAGGCAUAUUAUACAAAACAGUUGUAUUUAUAGUAUUAUAUAUACAUUGCAUCAUAGAUUAUUGGUGAAUUUAUUUAUUUUUUUUAGCUUUUUUAAAUUUAGGCAUUAAAAACAUUGUUUUGUUUAGAUUGACAGACAGUGUAAGAAAGAGAGCAGCUGCACGAGCAAGGGUACAGAAGCACAGAGGAAAGAUCUACAGUAGUGCUGAGCUUUUAGAGGAAUACAGAAUAAAGGAAAGAGAAAGGUAGUUUCAGAAAGGAAGACAUUUUCUAUUUAAAGAUAAAGGUUUUCAUAUCAGUCUCUAUAUAUACAGUGCCAUGAAAAAGUAUUUGCCCCCUGUCUGAUUUUCUGCAUUUUUGCACAUUUUUCACAUUGUAUUUGGUCAGAUUACUUUUGUGGAUUGUAGUAGUAUAUAGAGGGAGUCUGAGAGAAAAAAAUGACACCAAAGUUUGGUGCUUCUUUCAUUUGUUUGGUGUGCAAGGUAAUCAAACAUGCAAUCUUCAGGGGUGAAAAAGUUAUUGUCUCCCCCUAGUUAACUCAACCCAAUUAAAGGGAUAAUUAGGGUCAGCUGUUUGAGUACUUUGGUUAACAACCAGGCCUGAUUUGGGCCAGCCCUGCCCAAUAUAAAUCUGACUAACUUUGGCCCUUACCAUCAGAGUGAAGUUGUCAGCACACAGGUUCUAGAGGCACAUCAUGCCACGAACAAAAACAAUUCCUGAAGACCUCCAGGAAAAAAGUUGUUGAUGCCUAUCAGUCUGGAAAGGGUUACAACGCCAUUUCUAAGGCUCUGGGGCUCCACCGAACCACAGUCAGAGCCAUAUUGUCCAAAUGGAGAAAGUUUGGGACAGUAGUGAAUCUUCCCAGGAGUGGCGUCCUGCCAAAAUCUCUCGAAGAGCAAGGCGUAAAAUCGUCCAGGAAGUCACAAAGAACCCUAGAACAACAUCCAGGGAUCGGCAGGCCUCUCUCGCCUCGGCUAAGGUCAGUGUUCAUGACUCCACCAUCAGAAACACACUGGGCAAAAAUGGGAUUCAUGGCAGAGUAGCAAGGCGGAAACCAUUGCUCACCAAGAAGAACAUGAAUGCUCGUCUCAAGUUUGCCAAAAAGCACCUGGAUGAUCCUCAAGAGUUCUGGAACAAUGUUCUAUGGACAGAUGAGUCAAAAGUGGAACUUUUUGGCUGACAUGGGCCCCGUUAUGUCUGGCGAAAACCAAACACUGCAUUCCACAGUAAGAACCUCAUACCAACGGUCAAGCAUGGUGGUGGUAGUGUCAUGGUUUGGGGAUGCUUUGCUGCAUCAGGACCUGGACGCCUUGCCAUCAUUGAAGGAACCAAUGAAUUCUGCUCUGUAUCAGAGAAUUCUACAGGAGAAUGUCAGGCCAUCUGUCUGUGAGCUGAAGCGCAGCUGGGUCAUGCAGCAAGACAAUGAUCCGAAACACACAAGCAAGUCUACAUCAGAAUGGUUGAAAUUUAAAGUUUUGGAAUGGCCUAGUCAAAGUCCAGACCUAAGCCCCAUUGAGAUGUGGCAGGACCUGAAACGAGCAAUUCAUGCUCGAAACCCACAAAUGUCACUGAGUUGAAGCAGUUCUGCAUGGAGGAGUGGGCCAAAAUUCCUCCACGGCGCUGUGAGAGACUAAUCAAUAACUACAGGAAGCGUUUGGUUGCAGUUAUUGCUGCUAAAGGCAUAACCAGUUAUUGAGUCUAAGUGGGCGAUUACUUUUUUACACGGGGGCAUUGGGUGUUGCAUAACUUCCUUUAAUAAAUAAAUGAAAUAUGUAUCAUUUUUUUGUGUUAUUUGUUCACUCAGGAUCCCUUUUAUCUAAUAUUAGGUUUUGGUUGAAGAUCUGAUAACAUUCAGUGUCAAAAAAAUGCAGAAAAUCAGACAGGGGCAAAUACUUUUUCAUGGCACUGUAUAUGGAUCAUUCUCCAGUUCUUUGUACCAAAAGUAGGAACACAUGGUCAAAAUUUACAGUUUAUGAUUUUUAUGUGUAUGCAAUGUCCAAAACACCUACAAUAUUUUAGAACAAUAUUUGUUUAAUAAUAUAUAUACUCUUGAUCAAAUGUUACAGUGCCUAUUGGUACACAGAACUGGAGAAUGACCCGUAUAUAUAUUUUUUAUUAUUAUUAUUAUUAUUAUUUAUUUCUUAGCAGACGCCCUUAUCCAGGGCGACUUACAAUUGUUACGUUAUUUUGACAUACAAUUACCCAUUUAUACAGUUAGGUUUUUACUGGAGCAAUCUAGGUAAAGUACCUUGCUCAAGGGUACAACAGCAGUGUCCCCCACUGGGGAUUGAACCCACAACCCUCCGGUCAAGAGUCCAGAGCCCUAACCACUACUCCACACUGCUGCCCCUAUGAUAUAUGAUUUACUUCCAUCAGAGGCCAUUAGGGUUUUGUUAAUAACAUGUCAUAAAUCUACAGUAAAGGUCAGUCAAUACCAGGUUUAUGGCAUGUUACUAAUACUUUAUAAUAUUCCAUGUAUAAAGCAUUUAUAAAUGUUAUUUGCACUCCCUAAUCUAAAAUGUUAACAAAAAAAACAAUGCAGUCUAAUAUUUUUAUUUAUUUUUUAAAAACUAUUUUUAGAUACCAAAGAAGAAAGCGCAAUUGACUUUUAAAAUCAGCCAAAGAAAUGCAAAAAAAGAUCAUCAAAAGCAGAAGUAGAAAUGGAGGGAAAAUUCAGCACGCUAUUAUGAGAAGAAAAAAAAAUCUAAAUGCCAUUCUAAAUAUUACGCCACCAUCACCUGAAGUUGAUGCAAUGAGCCGGGCUGGAGAUAACAUAUUCUUCAAUCCCAGUUUAAAAUUUCCUGAUAAAAUCUGGUACUAUAGAGAAGACAACAGACAUAAUUCCUGAACCUUUACCUGCUACAUCUUCAGCCAGGCACUUCUGUGUUGUACCUGAAAUUUGGGCUAAACAUCAAUACGAGGCGAAGUGAUCUGGAAUUAUAUUGAACAUGGGGAUAGGAGAUCUCACUGUUAGAUUUGGUGCUCUCUGUACUGCAUUACUUCUGUCUUUUAAACAGUUUUGUUUACAGUUAAUGUUUGUUGCUUUGAGGAAUAGGGGUUGUUUUCACAUAGGUUAUAGUGAAAUUAAUUAGUACUAGAUGUUCAAAUACUGUAUGACAAUGAAGAGAAAAAAACAAGCUAUAAUAACAGCAUAAAAAAUAAACAUUAAAAGACAAAUGUACUCAGGCUUUGGUAAAUACAUUUGCGAAUACUGUUCAAAUACUUUAAGAUUGUAUUUACCCCUAUUUAUCGAGGAAAGCUCUUCAAUUACACUUCUACCUAUUACCAUCUAUUUGAACUCACCUGUUCAUGAUCUUGUCAGCCUCUUCAGAACUCCUCUACAUCAAUAUAUGUGUGUUUUAAUAUCCAUAAUUAAACAAGUAAGUAAAACAAAAGAAGACUUUAUAAGUAAUUUUAUCACAAAAUUGCCAAAGAAAUAUAUAAUUCUUUGUUUUCAAUGUAAAAAUGAAUUGGUUACGGUAAUGAGAUUUUGUUUUGCUUAAUCACAUAAAAUGUUAAAAAAAUACAAAAUUAAAGUAUUUGAAUUAUAAAAUGUACUUACAUAAUAUACUUGAGACUUUGUUCAAAGCAUUUAACAUAAAUUGUUGGUGGAAAAUGUCUUUUUCAUUUUUGCAAAUGAAAAACACAAACAGACAAGAUUUGGUGAGAAUCACCCGUAAAAGUGUUAGGCAUAGGAUGAUUGUUGUCAUUACCAAUAAGUCAAUAUUGGGAGAAGUAAAGAGCUAUCCAAAGACCUUAGGCAGAAAAUGUGUUUAUUGUCAUAAAGCUGGAGAAGGAUACAAGAAGAUUUGCAAACAUUUGAGUAUCCCAAUUUCAACUAUUGUUUCUAUUAUCAAGAAGUACAAAACUCAUGGUACUGUCACAACGCUCCCUUGGGCUGGAAGAAAGAAGGUUCUUUCACCAAGAAGUAGAAUAAUUGUGAGGAAGGUUAAUAACAAUCUGAGAUUGACUGCCAAAGAUAUUCAAAGUGAAUUGCAAGUGGGGCUGGGGUUUCCAUUUCAAUCAUAGGUCAAGUAUUGCAUAGUGAAGGUCUCAAUGGUCGCAGGCCAAGGAAAAAGCCACUCUUAGGAAUCGUCACAAGGACAAUCUCUUAAAGUUUGCAAAACGGCAUUUGAAUGAUGGAUAUGAGUUCUGGUCAAAGAGUUUGUGGAGUGAUGAAACAAAAAAUGUAGCUAUUUGGUCACGCUGAUAGUCGUUACGUUUGGAGAAAGAAAAGAACACCAUACCUACUGUCAAGCAUGGUGGUGGUAAAUUCCUUCUAUGGGGCUGUUUUUCGUCGGAGUUUGAAUGAACUGGAACUUUUGCGUUGAAGAAUGGUCAAAAAUCAUUAAAAUCAUGCCAAAAGCUCAUUGACAAAUAUCCUAAUCAUUUAAAAGAGAUUAUUAUUGCUAAAGGUGCCUCAACUAGCUAUUAAUUUAAUUUCUUGUCAGGAUAUGAAUACUUUUGAAUUGGCAUUUUUGGAGUUUGCUGAAAUAAAUAAUUGUAAAUAAUCUAUUCUUUUUUCCCUCAUCCACAAAAGCAAAACUUUUGCUACAAAAGAUUUUUCCUAUAAUUAUUUGUUUGAAUAGUUUCUAUAAAUUAUAAAUUUCCAUUGAGGUAUGUAAACUUUUGACUACAACUAUGUAAAAUGUACUAGAACUAUGCAGUGAUUUUAGGGUAAGGCAGAGCUGUAAAGCCGGGUCCACACCUGAGCAACCCAAUUGCUCCUGAAAUCGCGCAACUCAGUUGCGAGCAAUUGCUGUGUCCACAUCUGAGCAAUUACUUGUGCAACGAGGUUCCUGCAUCUACAAGUUUCAUUUUUUUAUGAUAACUGAGGUGACAGGUUUUUUUAACAUUUUUAUUGCAUCUAUAAGGUGAAGGAGUUUUUUUUGGUUUUGACAACUGAGUUGACACGUUUUUGUUUUGUUUUUUUGUCCGGUGUUUACAAGUUUAGAAUUGUAUUUAUUUUAUUUAUUUUUUGACAACUGAGGUGACACUUUUUUGAUCAGGUCGUAAUGUGUCCAGUAAUUAAUGAGGAAGAGUUGGCUUUUAUUAUUUUUUCAACUGUUAUUUUAAAUGCCAUAUUCCAUAAAAAAAAAAAAAAAACAAA